GGACAAACGCGGAAGUGACGUCACCACGCACGGCGUUCUUAAAGGAAACGGCGCAGGCGGAACAGGAGCGACACAACUUUCCGUGUUUAGAAGAAACUAGUGUACUUUAACAGACAGAGUCUCACCUGGAGGCGGAUAUGGUCUCCACUGUCCAGAAUACCGACAUUGAACAGAAGGAUGCUGAACAUGCCGUGGUUGUUGCUAUGACGUUUAAAGCUGUUUUUGGAUCUGAUGAUGGUGAUGAUGUUUACGGUGCAGGUGUGGCCUUCACAUUACUGCAGGCUCUCCAAACAGUGAAUGAACGGCUGCUGUUGGAAAAUCCGUCCGAGAUGCUGCUGUUUGACAUUAUCCUGAUCACCACCGACAGGCAGCAGCAACAGCAGAGUGAUCGCAUCAUGAGCAGCACCAGACACCACGGUCUGCAGAUCCACAGGUUCUGUUUCUCCUGUGAGGACGACUUCACGGACAGUUUACUGCAGAAUAAGGUGCACCUCUUCCUCUCGACAGAUAAAAAUGAGACGGUGCAGGCGGCGUCCAGAGGUGUCCUCUCAGCGCUGGUCGACCAUCAGACCACUCUAUGUUCAUCUCAGCAGCUCAAAGUUGUGUUCUGUGGAGACUCCAUCGUCCAACCUGACGCCGACAUAAACGCAGCCAGCCGUCAGGCCGCCGAGGUUUUCUCAGCUCAGCUUGGUGAGAUGCGGAGGAGGUUCGGCGCGUUAGACAGCCCGCUCAGCAUCGUCGUCAUGACAUCAUCGGGUGGCAGGGACAGCUGUUGCAGCGCUCUGCGGACGCUGCGGACCCGGGGCCUGAGCGUGGACGAGGCCCACUGCCUGGCCGGAGCACCUCGGGGCAUCAUCCUCUCUGUGCUCCGACCUCACUUCCAGCUUAGUGAUGGUUUGAGUGGCCUACAGGACUGACAACAUCCUGUCACAUGACUUCACAAAACCUUCACUGUGUCUUAUACAAGCUGUCAAAAGCCAUGUAAAUACCGUUAAAAUGGUCACUGACUCCGCAUGUGAGUUACAGAACAGGAAGAGCUACUGCACAUUCACACACUAACAUGAACUGAAUUGUGUGACUCCACUCUGAAGAAACACCAUCAGUACUAGUGCAAAUAUUUAUUCAACACACCACUUCCUGUUUUAAAAACAUCUUGAGCUGUCUUUCUCUGAUACUGAUGUAGAGUCAACCACUAGGGAUUAAUCUACACCAUGAUUUUUUGUUUUUAACCCAUAAAGACCCAAAUAUACACCAGUGAUCAAAACCAUCUACUGAUCUAAACUGUUUAACACCUGUUGAUCCACUAAUCCCAUCAAUACAUGUAAAUCAUUGGUGUAAAAUAGAGCUGCACGAUAUUGGAAAAAACUGACAUUGCGAUUUUCUUUUUAACCCUGCGAUAUAUAUUGUGAUAUGAAAAAAUACUGGGGAGGAUAUAGUAACUUUGUGGUGCCAAUGUAAAUGGUCAAACUAAUUAGUUGUGUUUCCUCUCGUGUCGACAGGUUCAAGGCACUAUCGACACAAAACACGUUUCAGUAUCAUCCUCCUUGUAGCUGAAAUAAUUCCAGAUAACUGA